GCCGUUGCUUAACUUUCAUCUAUCACUUUUCUCGUUUUUUCUUCUCUGCGAUACCGGAGAGUGAGCUCAGCAGCAGGAGGAUGGUGUAAAGUCUCCUUGGGGUAAAGAAGCUUCAGCUGCAAGAAAAUCAGUCCGAAGAUGGCGGAUAGCAAAACAGUCAGUGUGGGAGGUAGAAUUCCCGGGCUUGAUUUGGCCGUACCGCGGAUGCUCCGCCCUUCUCAAUUCCCGUCCCGCCUCUCGUUUCCCGCCCCCGCCAAACCUCCUCUUCGCUUCCGAGUCUUGGCCAUGGCUGUCAAGAGGAGCCCCAAGCGUCUCAAAUACUCCGCUCCUCGCUUCACCAAGGAGGGCGGGUUGGUUUAUGUGGAAGCUGAUCCUAGUGGAGAGGAUAUCUGGAAGCUGGAUCCCAUCGUUGAGCUUCUGAAGCAGGGCGCUGUUGGGGUCAUUCCCACUGAUACUGUGUACGCCAUAGUUUGUGAUUUGAAGAGCCCAUCAGCGAUUGAACGUCUUCGUAGGUACUACUUUUCUCCCUCUUUUGAAGGCGUUCUGAGUUUGUUGGUAGCCCUGGCAUUGGAUUUGCCUCUCAGCAUCUUAUGCCGCUCUUUGAGAGAUAUAGACACGUACACGACUGGUUUCCCUCGUGGUGAUGGCCAAGGACACGCGAGUAUCUUCCGAGCUGUUAAGCAUUGUUUACCCGGACCGUACACUUUCAUAUUGACUGCAAGCAAGGAGUUGCCUAAACGAUGUAUGAGGUAUGGGACUCCAACUGCCAAAUAUGCUGCUCGGAAGGAUGUGGGCGUCAGGAUACCGGAUGAUGCCAUUUGCCGGGAAAUACUUGAAAAGCUUGAUGCACCACUGAUUUCCACAAGCGUGAAGGGUCUUAAGGAAAAUGAAUGGUUGUUGGAUCCUGUUGCAAUAGCUGAUGCAUAUGGACCAGAGGGACUGGAUUUCAUUGUUGACGGUGGUGUUAGAGUGGCUGAUCCUUCCACUGUGGUUGACAUGACAAGAAUAACUCCUGUAGUCGUACGGCAAGGAAAGGUAACCGAGCUUCUGCAAUAAGGAGGAACUUUUUUUUUUGGGGAAAAGGAAGGAAGAACAGUUCCUUUUAACUUUGUUGUUAAGUGUACUGAUUUCGUGAAUGGAAAAUGCGCAGGGACCUAAACUGCCAUGGAUGGAGUCCGAAGAGGACAGUGAAUCAGCUGUAAAGCCUGAAGACCUUAUACCUUAUACUACUUGAGAUAUGUAAAUCCGCUGAAUCUUGCUUGAUCGGGACUUUUAAGACGACAUUGUAUAGCUAAUUCAACAUCUUGUUGAUGAUCCAAGUAAAAUGAUAUGUAUAGCUGGAGGGAGUAAGACCUGUCAUGAGGAACUCCAUUGUCCGUUCUUGCUAACUUGCUCAAUUGGGUAUGAAUUAAAUUUAACGUAAGAUUUGUGGCCUUCAAGUUUAGUCUUGAAGUUGACCAUUUAUUCAUGGUUCAUCGGUUAGCAACCUCUUCCAUCCAGUUUCUUUCAUCUGCUCCAGUUUAUCUGUAACUCAUUCUGCUGAUUCAGAAGCUUCCAAUAUAUCGGUAGAUACAAUUCUACACAAAUGCUGCAAAAGUAACUGUUGAUGUCACCUUCAGCGAGGCUUGUGGGUUGAAGUGCUUGAACUCAUCACACUGUGAUGUUUUGAUAGACGGUCCAGGUUCUAUUAAUGCUUCUUCUCUGCGGGCUGUUAAACCGAACCUGAAAUACGAAGUUGACAUAGCCCUCUCCAUGGGAAGUAUGUACGGCCGUGUUUUUAUCAGAAUGGUGAAUGGUUCUUGUACAGAUAAAGCUGGAAACCCUUUUACAACGAGCAAAAAUUCGGCGAUGAUUGUUCGCUUUGGAGACCAGUGGUGGCAGAUUUAUGGAUGCCUGUUUCAUCCUAUGUGCUGAAGAUCAAUGGAGUGCCAAGAACUGUUCUCUCAACUAACAAAAUGGAAGACUUAAAAAUUUACCUGGAUUUCAGUAAUCCCAUAAAGAAUUCGACAGAGGAAGUCCUAAGUGCAUUACAUGUCAAGUCAGGUUCUGUAUCAUCUGUUCUUAGUGGACAUCAGGGGAAUCGCAAGUUUGCUUUUCGGCUCAUGAAUGUAUCUCGUACUGAAAUCAUCGUGAUUGAGCUUGAAACCAGUUUGAUAAUUGGCAGGACUGGCACUCCCACUUCACCGGUUUCCCCACUGACAAUUCUCUAUGGUAGGUCCUUUUUCCAUUGUAACUUGUUCUUAGUUUUUCAAUGUACUCCUAUCUUGGGAAGUGGAAUAAUUCAAGUAAGUUUUCAACUUAGAUACGGAGGACCCUGCAGUAGGGCUAAGUUCUGACUUGCAAAAUGUGACAAAAGCUUCUCGCAUCAAUUUUGUUGCGGAGUUCACGAAGCCAGUUUUUGGCUUUGAUCCCUCAAUGGUAGAAGUACAUGGAGGGAAGAUUGCAAGGCAGGUUUAAGGAACUCUCAAGAGCACUAUACUCAUUGACCGUCAUUGUUGAAGCUGAGAAAACACUCUCUGUUUCUGUUCUUGCUGGCAAAGUAAGUGAUAUUUCUGGAAAUCAGAAUCUGGCAUCCAACAGAGUUCAACUGAAGCACUACUCAACCCCUGCAGUCUCAACGGCACUCCAAUCUUUUAUCACUGCUGGAGUGCUAGCAACAUCACUUGCAGUGGCUUGUCUUUCACUAUCCUAUGCCAAUAUCGGAAUAAUAAGUGCUCUCUUAACAGGAGAAACCAAAUUCGUUGCUCCCAGUCCAUCAACUAAUCUGCAUGGAAUGUUUGGGCAUCUCCAAGUCUUUGUGAUGUCAGAUUGGUUCUCUCCCAAUCAUCCAAUUGAAUAUUCAGAGACAAUAAAAGGUCUCAAGUGGCUUAUACCUCGUGGCAAGCUUUCAUGGAGAAAGGAUUCAACUUUAACUUGGACCAACCACUUUCAUAUGACUAGUGGGAUAAAAGGUUUCAUGGCCGUUGGACUUCCUAUGCUUCCCGUUGGUGAGCAUAAGCACCAGGGGAACUUCACGAGUUAUGAUGGGCUUUGUGGGAAAGCUGUGAGCUCGCGAAGUGCUCAGUAUGGACAGCCUCUCAAUUCAGCCGAAUACUUUACUUAUUUCUUGAGAGGAGAGCCCUUGUCUGCCAGCAAUGUCGUGAAGAAACUGGAAAACAAUAAAGGGUGGGAAGACAUGGAGAUGAACCUAUUUUGGCUUGCUGCGAUUGCAGGCAGUUUGCUUGCACUCCAUAUUUCAAUAUUCCUUCUCCUGAGAUGGAGGACAGGAUCAACAACAUCAGUUAAUUUUGGAAUGGUUUCAUUUCCAAGGUUUGAGAUCCUUCUUCUAAUCGUCAUGUUACCUUGUAUCUCUCAGUCAGCAGCAUUUGUCGUUAAAGGUGGAACAAUUGGAGGCAUGAUCACUGGAGCUUUGUUGCUGGUCAUCCCGGCAGCAUUCAUUUUAUCCGUCUUACUCUUCCUCCUAGUCGCCAUUCUUCCUGGGAAAUUUGUUCAAUACAAGGAGAUUAAGUAUACGAUUGUGAGGGAGGCAUGGUAUGAAAAGCUGUGGUUCUUUAUCAUCAGCAGACCAGUAAUGGGGAAGUGGGUCUACAGAGAAGGCUCCACUUCGUCUCUCCUACAGAACUUCAGAAGCCUCUUUGAGAAUCAAAAGGGCCCCCCUUUCUUCAUCUUCGUUGAUAAAACUGAUCAAAGCACCGUUCCAAAGUGGAGUGAGGGUGGCCAAAGUGGCGGAAUUGGAAGAAUGCGAGCCAUCAGUUCGAAUGACAGCAAUGAAGAAGAACUGAAGGUUCCUGGCCCCGUGAGGUGUCUUGGGUAUGCUAGAUCUUCAUACUUAGUUCUCGAUCUCAUUCGAAGAGUCAGCUUGGGAGUAAUAUCCGGAGCAGCAACUACCUCGAAAGAUCACUGGAUGCACAACCUCAUAGCCUUGGCGAUCACAAUGACACAAUUUGUCUACCUGUCGAGUCUCAAACCUUUCAUCAAGAGGAGUGUCCAUGCAGUAGAAAGCAUUUCCCUGCUAUGCGAGGCAGCCAUCUUCUCCAUUUCCAUGGCUGUCACGACUAAGAAGCCAGAUCCGACGGAGGCUACAGUUCUAGGAUAUGUAAUGGUGGCUCUUCUCCUGCUCACCGCCAUUGCCCAUAUCACGAACGAAUGGUAUGGGUUGGUUUCUUGGCUGGUAAGACUCUCGUGGACGCCACGGUUCAUGGCCAGAGGUCUCAUCCUACCUUUCUUGCCGAGGAAGCAAUGGUCGAGUAUUGUCUUACCGAGUUCAUCCCAACCAAAGACCGGACUGUCCAGCGUUCCUCAGUUGAGUCCCGACACAGAUGUGCCACCGCUAUGUCUGCUACGGUGGUACCCAUGGCGAGUCCAGAUAAUGCUGGAGGGAGAGGGGAAACAGAAGCCAUGGUUGAGGAAAGGAGUGAGCUUAGGAAGCUGAGGGAGCUGGCGAAAGCUAGCUUCUCUGGGGAAGGCGGUAAGCGUCGCAGUAGGGAUCGAGCUCGGGAUUCGGCUUGUAAAGCUGAAGCUGAAGGAGAUGCAUCAUCAUCUUCCAUGAGAUAGCGAGCAAUGGUGGUGGUGGUUCUUGUUUUUUCCUCUCUUUGCCAUUUUGGAACAUUUCAUCCCUGUGUACUAUCUUUAUUGUAAGAGAGCAAUAAAGUCGCCAGCCUUUAUCGCUGUAAUUUGAGAUUUGUAAUGAUUUUGAUGUGAGAGUGAGUUAGGGAAGGAAAAAAACCCAGGUUCAGAUGCCGCCGGUGAAGGGAGUCGCCGCCUUUGCUGUGACGGAGAGGCCAUCCUAUGGACGGGGAGUGGUGGCGCCAUUUCACAUUUGCCGAUCGUGAAGGCUAGCGGAAGCCUGAUUGGGCCUAUAGCGGGCCCGAUAUCGACCCACCAGUUGGAUUCCGUUGACAGCAUCGACGACGAGACCCCGUUUUGCAGGCCAACAUUUCACCUAAACGGCUAAACCAAACCAAACAAGAAGCUUUUAGCCGAAUUAAACAAAUCAACCAAAUCAAAUUAACCGAAUACUAUUGAUUAAAAUCGUUGCCACAGUAACUACUCCGUUUAAGUA